CACAUACAUAUAUUAUAUUCCUUAGUAAUGUCAAAAGAGCAAUCUCAUCCCGGACUUUUCAAGGUUAUUCAUCGCAAAGGCUCCUUUUCUUCUCAGCUUAUUGCCGAAAAGGACUUUAAAGCAGGCGAGACUAUUGCCGACCUGACCGGGCUCACACCUGGUCCAAAGCGAUACUCUUCUGUCCAGGUCUCAUGUACCGAACAUGUCGAACUCAACAGUGACCUAUUGUACCUCAACCACGCCUGUGAUCCAACAACCUAUCUUGACGUAGAUAGAUUUGCUAUUGUAGCCCUUGUAGAUAUCAAGGCUGGCGACGAACUCAACUUCUUUUAUCCUUCGACUGAAUGGGAAAUGGCUCAACCAUUUGAAUGCUGGUGUGGAUCCUCAAAGUGUAUCAGACUUGUCAGUGGAGCCAGUUCAGUGAAUCGCAAGAAGCUCGAGAAAUUCAAACUGAGCAAACACAUCCAGACACUACUUGACGAGCGCGAUGGAUAGAUAGUUAAUAAAGGCCCAGAGAAUAUAUAUAUAUAUAUAUAAUUUGAUAGUAAUAUGUAUAUUGGAUUAUUAAUUAUUCUUUCUUUAAAAAAGUAAAAUAAAUAUAUAUACUUAAUUCU